AUGCCGCGGACGGACCGGGCGGAUGGCCGGUGGGGGACGCGCGGCCGCGGGAGCCGGUCUCCGCGCUUGGGCGCCGGGCUCGGGCUGGAGGCUGCGGCCGAGGCGAGCGCUCCCGGCGCCGCUACCCGAGAAAUUGGGGCCACAGAGGCGGCCGGUUCCCCGGGGCACCACCACCAGGGAACUGUGGCCCGCCCGAGGGCUCUGCUGCACACCAUUCCUUGUCUGCUCAAGUUUGACCAAGUCGUGGUUAUUUCGCCCCCGCUAUUCCCGGAAGGCUCUCGGAUGGGAGAAGGGGCCGCUCAGCUUCUCCAUCUAACUGCGAAAGUUGACACCGAUGAGGUGCCUCAGGUGACUGUCCAGCCCCCUUCCACCGUCCAGAAGCCAGGAGGAACUGUGAUUCUGAGCUGUGCUGUGGAGCCCACAGGGAUGAACAUCACCUGGCGCCUGAAUGGAAAGGAGCUGAACGGCUCAGAUGAGGCUCAGGGGGUCCUCAUCACCCGCGGGACCCUCGUCAUCACUGCACUCAGCAACCACACUGUGGGGCGGUACCAGUGUGUGGCCCGGAUGCCUGCAGGAGCUGUGGCGAGCGUGCCAGCCACCGUGACACUAGCCAACCUCCAGGACUUCAAGUUAGACGUGCAGCACGUGAUUGAAGUGGAUGAGGGGAACACAGCGGUCAUUGCCUGUCACCUGCCAGAGAGCCACCCGAAGGCCCAGGUCCGAUAUAGCGUCAAGCAGGAGUGGCUGGAGGCCUCUCGAGAUAACUACCUGAUCAUGCCAUCCGGCAACCUCCAGAUCGUAAAUGCCAGCCAGGAGGAUGAGGGCAUGUACAAGUGUGCAGCCUACAACCCAGUGACCCAGGAAGUGAAAACCUCUGGCUCCAGUGACAGACUGCGUGUGCGCCGCUCCACCGCAGAGGCAGCCCGCAUCAUCUACCCUCCAGAGGCGCAGACCAUCAUCGUCACCAAAGGGCAGAGUCUCAUCCUGGAAUGUGUGGCCAGUGGAAUCCCGCCCCCGAGGGUCACCUGGGCCAAGGAUGGAUCCAGUGUUGCUGGUUACAACAAAACACGCUUCCUGCUGAGCAACCUUCUCAUCGACACCACCAGCGAAGAGGACUCGGGGACCUACCGCUGCAUGGCCGACAACGGGGUGGGAGAGUCUGGGGCAGCAGUCAUCCUCUACAAUGUCCAGGUGUUUGAACCUCCCGAGGUCACCAUGGAGCUGUCGCAGCUGGUCAUCCCCUGGGGCCAGAGUGCCAAGCUCACCUGUGAGGUUCGGGGAAACCCUCCACCCUCCGUGCUGUGGCUGAGGAAUGCCGUGCCCCUCACCUCCAGUCAGCGCCUCCGCGUGUCCCGCAGGGCCCUGCGCGUGGUCAGUGUGGGGCCCGAGGACGAAGGCGUCUACCAGUGCAUGGCUGAGAACGAGGUGGGCAGUGCCCACGCUGUGGUCCAGCUAAGGACCGCCAGGCCUGGUACAACCUUGAGGCCGUGGCGAGAAGCUAAAUCAGACAUGGCCACACCUCCAGUUCCACCUUCCCGAGCCGGCAGCCCAGACCAGAUGCUGAGGGGACACACUGGCCCCCUGACAUCAGUGCAGCCUGCUUCCCCUCCGUGCCCAGGAGAGAAGGACCAGGUGGCUCCAGCCGAGGCCCCCAUAAUCCUCAGCUCACCCCGGACAUCAAAGACUGACUCGUAUGAGCUAGUGUGGCGGCCUCGGCAUGAGGGCAGUGGCCGGGCCCCCAUCCUCUACUAUGUGGUGAAACACCGCAAGGUCACCAAUGCCUCUGAGGACUGGAUCAUCUCCGGCAUUCCAGCCAGCCAGCACCGACUGACCCUCAGCAGGCUUGACCCUGGGAGCUUGUAUGAAGUGGAGAUGGCCGCUUACAACUGUGCAGGCGAGGGCCAGACGGCCAUGGUCACCUUCCGAACUGGACGGCGACCUAAACCUGAGAUCGUGGCCAGCAAGGAGCAACAGAUCCAGAGAGAUGACCCAGGAGCCAGCCCCCAGAGCAGCAGCCAGCCGGACCAUGGCCGCCUCUCUCCCCCAGAAGCCCCGGACAGGCCCACCAUCUCCAUGGCCUCUGAGACGUCUGUGUAUGUGACCUGGAUCCCCCGUGGGAACGGCGGGUUCCCCAUCCAGUCCUUCCGCGUGGAAUACAAGAAGCUGAAGAAAGUCGGGGACUGGAUUCUGGCCACUAGUGCCAUCCCCCCAUCCCGGCUCUCUGUGGAGAUCACAGGCCUGGAGAAAGGCACCUCCUACAAGUUCCGAGUCAGAGCCCUGAACAUGCUGGGGGAGAGCGAGCCCAGCGCCCCCUCCCGGCCGUACGUGGUGUCGGGCUACAGCGGCCGUGUGUACGAGAGGCCCGUGGCAGGUCCCUACAUCACUUUUACGGAUGCGGUCAACGAGACCACCAUCAUGCUCAAAUGGAUGUACAUUCCUGCAAGUAACAACAACACCCCAAUCCAUGGCUUCUAUAUCUACUAUCGACCCACAGACAGUGACAAUGAUAGUGACUAUAAGAAGGAUAUGGUGGAAGGGGACAGGUACUGGCACUCCAUCAGCCACCUGCAGCCAGAGACCUCCUACGACAUUAAGAUGCAGUGCUUCAAUGAAGGAGGGGAGAGCGAAUUCAGCAACGUGAUGAUCUGUGAAACCAAAGCUCGGAAGUCUGGUCACCCUGGUCGUCUCCCACCCUCAACGCUGGUCCCGCCACAGCUGCCACCCCCUGAGACCCUGGAGAGGCCCAUGGGCACCGGCGCCAUGGUGGCACGCUCCAGCGACCUGCCCUACCUGAUCGUUGGCGUUGUCCUGGGCUCGAUCGUCCUCAUCAUCGUGGCCUUCAUCCCAUUCUGCUUGUGGAGGGCUUGGUCUAAGCAGAAACAUACUACAGACCUUGGUUUCCCUCGAAGUGCCCUUCUUGCUUCCUCCUGCCAGUACACCAUGGUGCCCCUGAGAGGACUUCCAGGCCACCGAGACAGUGGGCACCCGUACCUCAGUGCCAUCAAUGGACAGGCCUGUGCCAGGGGCUGCCCCACAGCUGCAAUGAGCUAUCCCGGCCUGAAACCUCAGCAGUAUUGUCCAGGGGAGCUUCAGCAGCAGGAUGACACCAACAGCCUACUGAGGCAGACCGUUCUUGGCAAUGGAUAUGAACCCCAGAGUCACCAGAUUGCCAGGGCUCCCAAGCCUAGCCCGGACGAGGGCUCAUUCCUGUACACACUGCCUGAUGACUCAACUCAUCAGCUUCUCCAGUCCCACCAGGACUGCUGUCACCUCCAGGAGCAUCCUGCUGUCACCAUAGGCCAAUCGGGAGUGAGGAGUGUCACCAAGAACCCAGGGAUGGAGGCAGCUUGGGACCCUCCAUUUCACCCAGGUCCUCCAUGCUGUUUGGGCCUCAUACCCGUUGAGGAAGUGGACAAUUCUGACUCCUGUCAAGUGGGCGGAGGAGACUGGUGUCCCCAGCACCCCACAGGGCCCUAUGUGAGCCAGGAGCCUACGAUGCGGCUGUCCUCUGGCCCACCAGUGCAUGCGUCUUUGGAAACACUGCCACCUACAAUUUAAACGGAAACCUGUUUCCCUAUAAAGACUAUAUAUU